UCACUGAAUACAUCUCUGUUAAGGUUUGUGCUGAAUAAGCAGUUUUGAUGUCUUUGGAUGUUUAAUUUCUUUAUUAAUGAAUCCCUUUGCAAUGAGACAGUUGCUAAGAAUUUGAGGGGAACAAUGCAAGGACCACACAGCACCUUCUUUAAUUCAUCCAUCAGAUGAACGUCAUGAAUCCCACCCACACAGUAAACAACAGGCUCAAACAUGAACCAUCACACGCCAAGUGUUUGCCAGUUUUACACAUCUGCCGUCUGAGACAUCCACUAAGUGUUACCAAAUGCUCCAGCCAGCAGGCUUAACGUCAUGUUUCAAAACUAAUUCAGCUGAGUCGAAGUGGUCUUACUUAGAAAAGCAAGACGACAGCGAUGAUGGUAAGCCAAACAGAGCACCGCAUGCUGCUCAGCGAGCGAGCCGUCAGAGGUAAUGAGAGCUUACCCUUUUUUCUUAGGAAAACAGGGAGGAAUACCUGCAAAGCUAGUGGAAAUGAGUCAUCCAGCGAAGUGCAAGGGAAAAGCUAUUAUCGUGAAUAUAUGUCAUGAGGGAUGUACAUUAAGUGAGAUAAAUACAGUACAUUUCAACUGUAUAUUCUUAGUAGAUGGAGGGUGAAUAAAAAGGUGCAAUUAUCAGCAGUUAUUGUUGUAGUUGGAAUUCUCAACUACAACAAACAUUAAGUUAGAAUUUUUUAAUCAUAUGCAGCAGCAGUGUGUGCUGGCCGUUUGUAGACUUUUAUGAUUUUAGUUGUUUUCUGUUAUGUAUUGUUCAUAGUUGAAGUCCAGAAGGGCAGGAAAAUGUUUUACCAAUGAAGGGCCCUGCUGUUGUCAGCUUUCUCUGGAAGGCUCAGCACCCACUAACACGGUUGUAAAUCAAGGAUGUUGUGGGAAAGAUUCAAUUUUCCGAGUUUACUAGACAAUAAAAGUUUCCAAGGAACACACGUGGAUAUGUGCUCCUGCUGGUGGGAGAGACCAGUUAAGGUAAUCCAUUGGGGGCAAACCCAGAAACUUGAUGCCACUGGCUCCCCAUUGACAUUUAAUAUGUUUCCAUUAAUCACACAUCUACUAGAAGUUCCUUUUUGAGGGGAUAGGAAAGUAACAAAUAGUUUUCAAUCACCUGCUUGCCCUGUGUCUAGUGUGGCUACAUAAAAAAGGGCAAACAAAUAAAUCCCUAAACAAAAUCACAAGUCCUGAAUUAUAUUGCAGAAUAUCUGACCAGUGUUUUGUGCCCAUUUCAACAUAUAAGCGGCAUUAAUUGGAGUAUUUAAAAAUGUUUGGCAUGGAAGGAAGAGAUAAACAUCCAGGUCAACACGUCUUGAGUCUGCACAAACAAAGGCAUAAACACGCCAAAAUUCUCUCCAAACGUGUAUUCUAACAAAUACAUAGACACAAGUACGAGUAGAAAACAGGAAAUCCAGACCCAUUACUGAGAAGACAUCACAGCUGGCCCGUAAUAGCAACAGCCAAACAAGGGAGUCCCCACUUCCUCUUACAUAUUCUGAGUAAGAAAGGGCUUGAGCAACUCUUAUUAGUUUUCUUAGACAGUCCCUUUUAAGGAGCUCACUUACACACGAGGCACAGUUACUCGUGCACAAACAUGCAUUAACUGUAUCCUCAUGGUGAUUGGUAUUACUGCCCAAGUUUUGGGAGGAAAUGCCAAAACUCUGUGCUUCAGAGCUGCCCCACCAGAAGUUCACACACACAUAAAUUCAGUCCAUUUUCAAUGCUUAACCUCUUCUCAUUUUAUCAUUAAGCAAAUAUCCUCUGUCCAGUCCUUAUCGUUCUCUCUCUCACUCUCUCUCUCUUGCUCUCUUGCCUUCCUCUACUCUCUCCUCCCACUCUAUCUGAUCUGUCUCCCCCAUUACCUCUUCCUGUCAGUGGGCAAGUUCACUGACAUAGACAACAGAGGUAAGUGCUGUCUUUUCUGUUCAACACUAGCUUCACGUCUUUUAAGUUUCUUUAUUUCUUUAUUUUUCCACCGUGGACAAAAGUCAUAGUUACAAUCUGUCCUCCAGGUCCUGUUAAUGCAAAAAGACAGCUCAUAGACUAUUUACUGCAGUUAGGAGAGUUGUUACAAGGUGUGUGUGUACUUUAACCACUGUCAUGUGAACCUGACAAAGUCCGGAAUCUUAUUUAACCUGGUCAUACACAAUUUGUGCACUUUUGAAUGAGUGUAUGUUUCAAAUCAGUACUUUCUGUUUAAAAAGGGAUCAAUAAAGUUCUGUCUAAGUCUAAGUCUAAGUAUAAAAUCUACAAUAGUACCUGUAUGUGUUACAGCCUUCUGUAAUAACAGUUUAAAUUCAAAGAGAGAUCAGGCAGAAACAGUUUUCAAACAAAACAGCAAACACCAUUGUCACAUAAAUUCAGGAUAAGAAUAAUACCUCCAAUCGGAUAUUGUAAACAAAUAACUUUUUUAAAUAAGUUAGAUUGCUUUUAUAUCUUGUAUAAACAUGUCCUAAAACAUUUAACCAUUUUCCAAAGUUCAAAUUGAGUUAAUCUUACAACUUUAGGUAACUAAUUCCAGUCCCUGUACUUUCAAAUAUUUUGUGGAUGAAAAAACAAACCCCACUAGAAUGAAUGAAUAACCUGGCAUGAGUUCAGACACCUUACAUCAUAAAUAAACCGUUACCCAGGGAUACAAAACAAAAACAACUGAACGCUACAUGGCCUGAAACAAACUUACACAUGCUGGGAUAUUUGUCACAUCUGGAAACAGGACAGACUAACCAACCUCUUUAUCUGUUUCCAAUGUGUCCCCACUUCCACCAUCCACCUCCUGGAAACCCUCUGGCCUCUACUUCCUGUCCGUCUGUCUGUCUUUUGCCACCCCCGCUCUCAGAGAUGAAAGAGAAGAACCCCUGGCACACGCCUGUGACCAUCAUCCUCACUGUGAUUGGCGUCAUAGCAAUUGUUACCUUGGUGACGGUUGCAGUUUUGCAGAACAAGCCCAUCCAACAAAAGUACAAGUAUGGCAUAGUACUGGAUGCUGGCUCUUCCCACACGGCUGUUUAUAUCUAUGAGUGGCCGGCAGAGAAGGAUAACAACACUGGAAGAGUUCAACAAAAAUAUUCCUGUAAAGUAAAAGGUAAAGGUAUCUCAAGCUAUGCAGAUGAACCACAGAAGGCAGGAGAAUCACUGAGAGAAUGUAUGUUUGAGGCCAAAAAGCAGGUUCCAAAGAACAGACAUGGCGAGACCCCUCUCUACCUAGGGGCAACAGCAGGAAUGAGACUGCUCAAUUUGGACGACAGUUCGGCAUCAAACAAGGUAUUUCAGGCUGUGGAGGAAGCCCUGCAACGCUUCCCAUUUUCCUUUCAGGGAGCGAGAAUAUUAAGUGGGCAGGAGGAGGGGGCCUUCGGCUGGGUCACUAUCAACUACUUAAGCGAUCGCCUCAAACAGGGUCUAGAAACCACAGGCGCUCUUGACCUUGGUGGGGCUUCAACUCAAAUUAGUUUUGUAUCUGACAGUUACAAUGGUUUGGAGUCACCCAAAAACUCUGUGAAUUUCAGACUUUACGGGAAUGACUACCAUGUGUAUACUCACAGCUUCCUGUGUUACGGGAAAGAUCAAGCUCUUGGGCUGGCGUUGGCACAUCAGACCAAGUCAGGUCCAAGAACAAUAACAGAUCCCUGUUUCCACCCAGGCUACACUCAGACAAAGAACUACUCAAUCCUCUAUGACAGCCCAUGCGUGUCAGAAAGGAAACCCCAGGAAGCUCCUCUCAGCUUCACUCUGUCAGGGAGUGGAAACUUUACAAAAUGCCAUGAAGUCAUCAAAAGUGUCUUUGACUUUACUUCCUGCAAUUAUAGCCGAUGCUCUUUCAAUGGAGUCUUCCAGCCAACGCCACAAGGGUCAUUUGGGGCUUUUUCUGCUUACUACUUUGUAAUGAAAUUCCUAAAUCUGACAGAUACAUCUACCUCUAUAGAGGUUGUGAGGGAAAAGCUAAUGGAGUACUGUGCAACCCCUUGGACUAAGAUAGUCAAACAGCAUCCAAAGGUAGACCAGAAAUAUCUCUCCGAGUACUGCUUCUCCGGCACAUACAUCCUUACCCUGCUGAUCGAAGGAUACAACUUCACCUCAGAGACCUACUCCAAAAUAGAAUUCAUCAAAAAGAUAAAAGGCAGUGAUGCAGGCUGGACCCUAGGCUACAUGUUGAAUUUGACCAAUAUGAUUCCUGCUGAAGCUCCGGAUUCGCCCCUUCUGCCACAUGCCGGCUAUGUCUCCAUAGUCACCAUCAUCGCAAUCCUGCUCUUCGCCCUCUUCAUCCUCAGCCUGCGUCCUGUCUGGCCCACUUGUUCCAAGCAGCCCCAAAUCGUAUGAAUCCGCAGAUGUACAUUAUGUAUGCAUAAACUUAUGUGCAAUGAAGGGAUUGUCUGUGAAGAUGUGUGUGUGUGUGUGUGUGUGUGUGUCGGUAUGCUGCUGCUAUUUUACCAAUCUAUGUGUAGGUCAAAGGUCAGCUGAAACUUCCAAACAGAUUACUGCAGCUCGUAGAGAUUCAUGGACUUCUCAGAAGGACAAAUGCCUUCUCUUCUCAACCCGGAGUGAGAGCUUCAUUUCGGGUUGAGGGAGGUUUUCUGCAUAUGAAUGUGUGUGUGAAAGCGUGUUUGAAUGUGCGUUUGAUUUUGAAUGCAUGCCUGAAUGUCAGCGAGAAUCCACAUCACUCCGCAUGUGUCUGUGUUUCCAAUUAUGAUGUGAAUAUAUACAGUAACUGUUUGAAUAAAUUAGACUAAGUUUAUA